UUGGUUUAAGUCGCGAGGCGUCACCGGGCAGUGCCGAAGAGCAGUGUCGUCGCGACGCGCGGAUCAUGCGGCUGACUCUGCUGCGCUCGGAGCGGUGCUCGCGGUCGCUCUUGGCCAAGCCAGGCGCCCAAUACGGGUUGGCAGCCGCCGCGGCCCCGCUCUUACCCGGCCAAAGCAUGGAGGAGAGCAAGGCGGGCGGCGAGCAGCAGGGGAACUCUCCUCCGCCCAUGAAGAGGCUCCGGCUGUGGACCGGGAAGGGGAAGGCGAAAGGGAAGCGGCCCGGGCUGGCCGAAGAAGGCGAGAAGCGCUACGUGCCGCCUCCGAAGAAGCGCAACCCCGGUGUCAGCUUCAGCGAGAGCCACUUCGCCGAGACCAGCUACUACUUCGAGGGCGGCCUCCGCAAAGUGCGUCCCUACUACUUCGACUUCCAGACCUACUGCAAGGGCCGCUGGGUGGGCGAGAGCCUCCUGCACGUCUUCGGCACCGAGUUCCGCGCCCAGCCCCUCGAGUACUACCGGGCCGCGGCCGAAGCGGGCCGCCUCCGGCUUAACGAGCAGCCCGUGCGGGACCUCGGCGUCAUCCUCAAGAAUAAUGACUUCAUCCAGAACACUGUACACCGCCAUGAACCUCCGGUCACAGCGCAGGCUAUUGAGUUCCUGGAAGAAAAUGAUGAGGUUGUGGUUGUAGACAAACCUUCAUCCUUGCCUGUCCAUCCAUGUGGCAGAUUUCGGCACAACACUGUCAUUUUUAUUUUGGGUAAAGAGCACAACCUGAAGGAGUUGCACACUAUUCAUAGGUUGGAUCGCCUGACGUCAGGUGUCCUCAUGUUCGCGAAGUCUGCAGAAGUGUCCAAGAGGAUCGAUGAGCAAGUUCGACAGCGACAGCUGGAGAAGGAGUAUGUGUGCCGUGUACUUGGAGAGUUCCCAGAAAAUGAGGUGACGUGUGAAGAACCCAUCCUGGUUGUCUCUUACAAAGUUGGGGUGUGUCGAGUGGACCCCAAGGGUAAAGUCUGUAAAACGGUCUUCCGGAGGCUCAGCUACAAUGGCAAGACUAGUGUGGUAAAGUGUUUUCCUUACACUGGCCGCACCCAUCAGAUCCGUGUCCAUCUCCAGUUUUUGGGACACCCUAUUGUUAAUGACCCCAUCUACAACACCGAUGCCUGGGGUCCCAAAAAGGGCAAAGGUGGCCAUAUUAAUAAGACGGAUGAUGAGCUGCUUCGGGCUUUGGUGGAGGAGCAUCUUUCGAAACAGAGCCUGGGUAUCCUGGACGUUGCUGAGGAAGAUUUGAAACCCCUUGUAGGAGACAGAGUGAAGGAGGCUCUGGGGAAUUGUUCUGAGGCUGUGCUGGACACCCCAGUAAAUUUCAGUUCUGGCACUCGUGAGGAAUCUGCAGAUGGAGAAAAGGGCAGGAUAUCGGCAUGUUCUCAGAAUGCUAUCCCUCAGGCAGAGCUGCACAAGAUGGAAAGUGGAGAAACUUGCUCAACUGAGUCCUGGGACAAAAAGGACUCCCUUUGUGGAGAAUGCAAGAUAGUGAGGCCGGACCCAUCACCCAAAGAUCUAGUGAUGUAUCUCCAUGCUUUGCGCUACAAGGGAGCAGAAUUUGAAUAUUGCUCUAAGAUGCCAGCCUGGGCACAGGAUGACUGGGAAGAGACCUGAGACUUUUAAAAUACUCUGUAAAGACUGUGUGUUAGUGUGUGUGAGAAAGAAAUGGAAACUUGCAUUCACAUUUUACAUGUUUAGAUGCACACUAGUUCAUAUGUAAUGAUCCUGGCUUAGUAGAUGAUUUAUUAAGCUGGAAACAAGGGUCAGACUUGUAUGCUCCCUGUUCCACUGUGGUUUCUUUAAACCACAGUUUCCCAUUACAGCUGAAGUAAGGAACUGUGGGUUUACUACCCAGGACCUGAAAUCAUGGUUAGUAAACCAACCUUGAACAUGUUUUCUGCUUCAGCUAUAACAGGCUACUGUAAGAAACCAUGCUCAAAGUGCCAAACAGUAUUGGAAGAGGAGAGAACAGUGUCACUUAAAAAAGAAAAAGCUGUGUCUAUGUUGAUCCAUUCUGUCCUAAGUAUACAGUUAGGAGUGGGAAAUGUGUGAAGAUGCCUUUAAAUAGGCUUCCUUUUUAAGAUCUCUUCUCUGUGGCCGGUGACUUCAUUGCUAAUCCUGGUUCCUUUUCCAUGAAUGAGCACUCCAAAGAUGGGCCAAUGGGUUUGUACGAGGGUACACUGCAGUGCUUGAACCAACUGCCUUUAUAUCAAGAGGUGGGUAAUGAAUGGACGCUGGGCCAAAUCUGGCCCAUAGUGUAUUCAGUCCAUGGCUGCCUCUGCCACAUUUGCAUGUUCUCCUUGCCCAGCACAGAAGCCAAGCAGGUUGUCUAAGGAGGAAUAGCUCAGAGUGUCUUAUCUCUCUGUGUGUAGUCAGCUGGGCUGUGUAGUGCUUAGGUUUGCAUCAGCAACUAGCACUUCAACUUUCUUCCAGACACAGCUGGACCUUAUAAUUGCUGAAACUUUAUGAAGCAUCAUUAGGGCUGGGGAAAGUUGCAGAGAGAGUGCUUUGAAGCAGCAGCUUGGUUUUGGGUUUGUAAAUGGAUGCAGCGGAGAGGUGUGUGUGAAUGGAAUGAAUUGAGCAACAGUAGCCCCUGGCAAACAGCUCUGUAAAUGUUGCCCCUGUUGGAAUGCAUCCUUCUGCAGAAAAAAAAGGUUCAGCUCUGUUUUAUAAGAAGGAAUGUGAUGACAGAGCCUUUCAGAUAGUUACAACUGUCAACUACUAAUCAAAUGUACAUCUGUGUAGGGUUGAAGCAGGGUGUUUAUAUGAGAGAACAAUUUAUUAUAUUCCUGUCUACGAAACUUUUGAGCCUUCUUCCCCUUGGGCUUGAGAGGCAAUGGAAAUGUCUUCAUUGUGUGGGAGGUGGGAAUGCUUCACCUUGUCUAGGACCGAAUGUUCCCCUCCCUCUCUGAGAAUAGAGGGCUUUUACUCGCAUUUUCCUAAACACUGUCUGGUUCUUGCUCAUGAACUGCAGUCAUGAUUAUCUACCUAAGACAGUAGUAAUAUAUUUUAAUAUCUAGAGGGCCUAUUUUAAGAUUUCGGAGCAACCAAUAUGACAAAAAUAAAGGAGGGUCCUAUCUAGGCGAUUUCUUUCCUAUACAAAGCUUAAUUGUAAAAUUGUAGAGAUUACAAGAAAAUAGUUAUACUGUUGAGCUGCAUGUGUACAGUCACAGCUUCCAGUGCACUCACAACUCUGCCCACCCAUCCCUUUCCCUUUGGUGAUCCUGUCACCAGUUUUUCUAGCUUACUGCUGGGUUGAGCAGGUGUUUUUCACCUGCUAUGGUUUCACCUGCUAAGGUCCAGGUGUCAGCCCUGUUAACAUCCUGUGGGGUCUAGAAUGUGAAACACUAUAAAAAGAUGUUAUAAUUUGGAGUUCACUGGGAGUGCAGUGACUGCAAGUACCGUAAACACAAUUCUUUGUAAAUAUUGCUUAUCCUUUUUUUAAAAAAAAAAAGUUUAAAAUUGCUGUUACUGCGGAGCAACUCAUUUAAAUAUUGAGGAGCCCAACCCUGUACUUCAGGCGGCCACUGUAAUAAUAAGUCACAUUUUAUGUGCCCAUGGUAGGCUUUAAAAUUGAUUUAUUCAAGCAUGCAGUGGACUUGCACCAUUGAGGUUAAGUACAGAUUGUAAGGUCUGGCUGUCACAGUUUGGCAGGUUUUUCCAUGAUGCAUGUUUCUAUACUCCAUGCCCAGUUUUAAUGUGGCUGGCUGCCAUUCAGCUAAUCUGUUUCUGAAUGGUUCUGUGUAACCAUUCCAUUAAAUUAACUGUACAAGGAGGCUCAUUAAACAGUUACAAAGAUAGUUAACCUGAGGAGCAGAAUUGCCUGGAGGGAGCCCUUCACCACCUACUUCAUUGCUUUAAAAAAAUCUCUCUAUUGAAUUGAGCUCAUUCUGGCCCUCUUCAAAGCAUUCAUCUGUGGUUAUAAAAUCAGGAGGAACCAAACCAUUUCUAAUAAAAUACACACAUUAAA